UGUUACACUUGUAAAGACAGGAUACUCAGAUACACAUGAAAAUAAAAAUGUCAGGCCAUGGAAAAAAGAAAUCCUCAUCAGAGUCUAAUAUUAAAAUCAUGUUAAGGACUGCUCCACCGAUGGAUGUCAGGACACGUUAUGCAUUGGGAAUUGUCACCCUGUUCCCUUGUCUGAAAGAUCCGUACUCUGAAAAAGGAUAUGAGCACUUUUUUGAUUCCAAAAGUAAUGAAGGCUACAUCGCUUGGAAACUGAAAAACAUGCAGCGCGAACUCAGCAGUGGCAGCAGGAGGGGCAGCAGCACCAGUCGCGAUCCAUCGAGCAACAGAGGACCACAGUUUGCAAGGGCUGUGACUGCGGAGCAUCAGUUGGAGGGUGACCAGUGCAGAGAGGCCAUUUCCCUUCUGAGGCACACCACAGAUGAAAGGCAGAUCUUCUUGAAAAUGGAACAAACAUUUCAGUACAGACAAGCACUGAUUCACGAUUCUGAGAAGUGUGAGACCCUCCUCAGCGUGUUCCCAAGAUUCCUUGAUACAAGAGGCCUGGUGCUGCAGGAUUUCCAAAUGAUGUUUGGAGAGGAAAUCUCAUCAAAACUAAUGGAAAAGUGGGAAACCUCUUUGAGGCAGAAAGUCAUCAAAGAAGCAAACAACCUCACUAGGACGCCGAUGCUGGAGUCUCUCCUUCAGUCUGCUCAGGAGAACCCAGAGGACAACGAAGAAUCAUCAGAGUCUGCCUGGAAGAGUGACAUGGCAGCACUGUUGCUGUUGGUGUACCUUCUGCUUCCACCUCCUAGUGGGAAGAAGAGGGCUGUGAAAAUCACUGUUCGAGAAGCUCUGAGCCACGUUGUCUGGUUUCACAAAUCAUGCCGCAACCUUCAAGAGACAACAAGCUCAGUCCAGGGGAGGCAGCCCUACAUUUUAGCAGUUGGAACAUCGCGUCGCACCAUCAAUGACUACUACAUUGUUGUGGAUCGUCAACUCAUUCCCUGCAAGGCUAAGUCUUCAAUUUCAGCCUUUGAUGAACUUUUCAAAGCACACUAUGUGUUUGGCAUUUCUUAUGAUCAGGCCCUGCACAAUAUGUACACAUUUGUGCAGACCACCAUUUACAAUAUUGAUGUUGGUCUGUGUCAUGAAAGCCCCAGGGUGAAGGAUCUUAGAGCGAAGCUCCUUAACGGAGUGAACUAAAUUAACAAAUCGAACAAGAUGCUUCAAUGUUUUGUUUGCAAGUGUUUGUUUUGCUCUGUCAAAGAUUUGGUUCGCCAUCUUAAGUUCUCUCAUGGCUUUUACCCCGGUUUGAAAUUUAAACUGUUAUGUGACCAAGACGGCUGUUGUCAGAGAUUUUGCACAUUUUCAGGCUUUCGAAAACAUCUUCAUAACAGGCACAGAGCUUGUAUUGUGGAUAA